AUGAUGAACACCGCCACUUUUUCUCGCUUUGGAAGCCAGCACUCAGCUGUAGCAAGAAACAGUGGCAUUUUUCUUUUGAGGAGUCGCACUCCGCUGCCUACCAAUAUUCGUUUGAACGCACUUUUCUUUCAGCAGCGCUUCAUUGGGCCCCGGCAGUACGCGCCAAAAGGCUUCCGUGAGGCAGCAGGACGAGCUCCUAUGACAUUUGAAUUUGGGGAGGAGUGUAACGGCCUUGCUAAAGUCGCACACCAGACAAAAAACUAUGGCGAUGCGAUUUCCCUUUACGAUCGCGCGCUCACGAUGCGACGAGAGAAGUACGGACCCAUUCACAGCAAAUGCGCGGCCACGUUACAUAACAUUGGUCGCGUCUUCCUGGAUAUGCGCGAGCCGGCCGCGGCGGAAAAUGCGCUCACAGAAGCGGCAGCCAUCUAUGAGGAAGUUGAAGGAGCCAAGUCGCUCAAAUACGCAGAAAGUCUUUCUCUUCUUGCGCUGGCAUACACGCAUCUAAAUUUCAUUCCUGAGGCGGAAAAGGCCUUUCGCGAGAGUAUAAAAAUCUUUCGUGACGUUUGUUACAACCACGCGGCGGGUUCAUGGCUACCUGAUAAUGCUGAAGCUGAAGCCGCUGCAUUGACAGAACCACAGAACCACCCGCUAGCCUCUGCAGCACACGCAUUAGCAGACUGUGCACAGCUGUUUCUUCUACAAAAUCAGGAACAUCGCGCUAUCGUAUUUCUUGAAGAAGCGCUCGAGAUUCGUCGCUUCCUUUACACGCGCCACAACAAGUUUAGGCCAAUCAUCGCACAAACGUUGAAUAAGUUGUGUGAACUCAAAAAAACUAUUAACGAUUCUACCGGGGCAGAAAUGUGCAUCACGGAGUGCCUUGACAUCUGUAUCGCUUCAUUGGGCCGUGACUCACCCGCAACGGCUCAAGCCACUAGCAGUAAAGCAUCACUGCUGGCCGCGCGCCGGCAGUUCCGUGAAGCGAAGAGAUUUUACGAGGAAAGUUGCCGAGCGUAUGCCGCAUCACUGGGAGAAGACUCUGCUCUGUACGGGCAGGAGCUCGUGAAACUUGGUCGCAUUGAAGAGCUGUGCGAUGAUUACUCUACUUCUCAGAAAGCAUACGAAAAAGGCAUUGACAUAAUUAAAAAGGCCCUGGGACCAAGUGCCUUGCAGCUGGCGGAAGCGUAUACAUUCCUUGGUUCACUUCUUGUAAAGCGACGCGAUUUGGACCGUGCUAUUGACCUCUUCCGGAAUGCAGUGGAGUUGCGCAAAGCUAACAAAAGUCCUAGUGGUCUUAGCAGCAACGGCAAAGAUCCGCAGUUAGCGUAUUUAUACCAGAAAAUUGGUGAUGUGUACGCCAUGCGGCGGGAGUCGCAUGCCGAGGCGUACUUCCUUCUUUCCAUUGAGCAGUUUCGUGAAAAUGCGAAGGUGGAGCCGCUGCAGCGGACCUUUUUAACUGACGUGCUGGAUGAUCUUGGGCUCCUCUACCUUGAUUUUCAUCAUUACGAGAAGGCUGAGGCGUGCCUAAAGGAGGCCCUUGAUAUCCGUAUUGAAAUGCUCGGUGAAACUCAUGCAACCGUCGCGUAUUCUUACAGUAAUUUUGCACUUCUCUACCUACACCGCGAGGACACGGAGAAUUGUGAGAAGAUGUGCAAGUGUGCACUCGACAUGUACGCCAAAACCGCUAGAUCUAACGUGCUUGCCCAAGCGGAUGUGUAUACGACGUAUGGCCAUUGCUGCCACCUACAGAAGCGAUAUGCAGAUGCGCUAACUUGGCAUGAAAAAGCAUUGAACGUGCGGCGUACACGAGGGGAAAGUAGUGAGAUGGCGACAGCUGAAUCUCUCAACCACAUAGCUCGAGUGUACGUCUCCUUGAAAAAGUACGCGGCAGCAACACGGCACGUUGCCGAGGCAAAGAAAAUCGCCUUCAAAUACGAUGCAGAUUUAACGCAGUAUCUCCGCCAAGAGGUUGCCAAGACGGAGCAGCAGAUACCGCCGAUGGAAAGUUGGAACGCAGAAGAAGGCACAUUUUCAAACACUGAGGCUAUUAGCACCUCUGGCCUGGUGAUAGAGGUUGGUGAUAAUAAAGGCGAUGGAAGGUGA